CCCCUGGAAGGAAAUGACGGGCAGGAGGGAUAAACUUCCUGGGUUGUGGCUGAGGGAGGCGGCAGCGAUGGCUGCGACCGGCGGCGCUCGGGGUUCUAGCUGAUGCCCAGGCUUCCUUGGAAUGAUGCCGUCCCGUACAAAUCUGACUGCUGGGAUUCCCAGCAGCAAAGUGAAAUAUUCCAAGCUCUCCAGCACUGAUGAUGGAUACAUUGACCUGCAGUUCAAGAAGAGCCCACCAAAAAUCCCCUACAAGGCCAUUGCCCUGGCUGUUGUGCUCUUCAUGAUUGGGACCUUCCUCAUCAUCAUCGGAGCCCUCCUGUUGGCAGGAUACAUCAGCAAAGGGGGGGCGGAUCGGGCUGUCCCUGUGCUCAUCAUUGGGAUCCUCGUGUUCCUGCCCGGCUUCUACCACCUCCGCAUCGCCUACUACGCUUCCAAAGGCUACCGGGGCUACUCCUAUGAUGACAUCCCAGAUUUUGAUGACUGAACCAGAUAUUUAAUCCCAUUUUUAUCCUUAGAUUGGCAGUAAGAGCUCUUAGUUACCCCAGAGGGAGCCUGGGAGACCGUAGAUGAAGUAUCAGCCCCAAGAUGCCAGCUCUGCUGUCGAGGUGGGGCAGAUUUUUCAGCUGGGGGGUUGGGUUGGAGGGGGUUGAGCAGGGAAGUGACCAGAGGGAUUGCAACACAAGGGGGGGAGGACAUGGGAUGAUUUGUAUUUUUCUUCUUUCAGUGACAUCCUGUUGGUUGCUUGUAAGAAGUUCUUGGGCAAGGCCAUUCGAGCAGUUUUCCAAAAAUAGAUUAAGUCCGUUUUGGCAGCAAAAAUUACUUGGUUGUUGAUUGGGGUUUUUUUUUUCCUGUUUUAUAGAGUUUGUUUUAGUUUUCAGUGAGAUUGUGGCUAUCACUGGGUUCACCUCUGCAGACAAACACCAUAGUUUAAGUCUCCUUUUGCUUCCUGUCCAUUAGAAAUGCUUCCAGUCUGCUUGUCUGAUGAAAUUCAGAUGUGAGUAAGGGGGGGAGGAAACUGCACUUGGAUGAACUCUUGAGAUGUUGUGCAUUUGCUACCUGCCCCCUCUUGCCAGACUGACCAAGCUCAUUUCCUCAGCAAACAUUCUUCCAGGGCUGUUUCUCAUGCCACUGUUACUUCUGGCCAAAUCUGCUUAUCCUUUAAAAAGACUGUUGUUCUGUUUUGCUUAUUAUUUUUAAACAAACUGAAUGGGUACAGGGAGAAGAAUUGGAAUCUGGACCAGGACUCAAAUGUCCAAAUACCAAAAAUCUUGGUUAUGACUAGUGUGGAGGUUGGAGAUACUUGCAUUCCAGCUGUCUGUAUGUAUAUUUAUCCUUGUGCAUAAUUCCCCAGACCAGUAAAAAGAAAACCUCUGUAUAGUUUGUACUGAAUAAAUCCCCUUUGCAUUGUU